CGCAAAGGCGCUCACGAUAGCGAGCAAAGACGGCAACAACUCACAGUGACAACCGAUGCAAAUCGCAAACUUGGGCUUCGUCUCUUUUCCCCUUUUUCUUGUUCUGAAUGUGACUUUUAUUUAUUUAUUUAUUUGUUAAAGCUGUAGCUGCCUGUGGUUCAGUCACAUGUUGGCUGAUCCAUAAGAGCUUAUAUCCAUGUCUUAUGGAAAAGAGGGACGCUGUCAGCUGCAGUGCCGACACUGAGGGAUGAUUCUCCUUUUUUAUGUUUUCUUCUUUCUUGUACUGCUUUAGAAAAUAAUCGGCGGAUUUUUAUAGUUUUAUUUUUAUUCCAUUUCAUUUUCUCAUAUAAGAGUCUUGCGCGUGUCUUGUCCGGCACUGCGCGGAUACCUGAGCACGAGAUCUGGAUUAAGACUAAUGAACCGGGGCUGAAUAAUCUCCACUGGAGCGUUGUGCUGUGCUGUGCGUGUGCGUGUGCAAACCAACACGGACUAUCUUUCUUUUUUCUUUUUCUUUUUUUUUUACUGUGCAUCUCUGCAAAAGGCAGGAGACGAUGUCUGCCCGGGGACACUUUGACGCUUUUUACAGAUGCGCGCUGUUCCUGUCUCUGAGGAUUCUGCUUCUUGUGCCUGCAGGGUUGCCGGUCCGCAGUCAAGGGGACUCUCAGUCCGACAACAAAGUCAUGGACAACAUCACCGUGCGACAAGGAGAGACUGUCUUCCUCAGGUGUGCACAGGGGGACGUCGUCACACACACAGCGUGGCUUAACCGCUCAAGUAUACUCUACGCUGGAGAAGACAAAUGGUCGGUGGACCCUCGGGUGAGCCUGGUGACCCUUAAUCAAGACGAGUUUACCAUCAAGAUUGAGAGCGUGGAUAUGAUGGACGAGGGGCAGUAUGUGUGCGCGGUCCAGACUAGCAGUCGACCAAGAACCACCUCGGUGCACGUCCUCGUUCAAGUGCCCCCGAAAAUCAUCAACCUGUCGAGAGAUAUUGUGGUGAACGAAGGCUCCAACGUCACCCUCAUGUGCCAAGCCAACGGUAAACCGGAGCCCUCCAUUAGCUGGAAGCUCAUCUCCUCCUCAGGGGACCUGGUAUCAGAUGACGAGUACCUGGAAAUCCCAUCCAUCUCCAGACAGAGAGCGGGGACGUACGAAUGCACAGCUAUCAAUGACAUCGACGCAGAUGUUCAGACGGUGGACAUCACCGUCAACUAUGCUCCGACUGUGUUAGAGGGCAGAGAUGUCGGCGUGACCCUUGGCCAGAGAGGAGUGCUGGAGUGUGAGGCUGAUGCAGUGCCCGAGGCGGACUUUGAGUGGUACAAAGACGACAGAAGGAUUUCCAACGGCUUCGACGGCAUGGAGAUUGUGAACACCCCGUCACUUUCGAAGCUGACGUUUUUUAACGUGUCUGACAGCGACUACGGCAACUACACCUGUGUUGCGAUCAACAAACUGGGCAGCUCGAACACAAGCUUCCUCCUGUAUGUGGUAAUUGAACCCACUAGCUCAACGCUAUUGCAAGGACCGAGAGCAGUUCAGGACGGCAGCGGCGGCGCAAUGGGAGUGCACUCACACACCUGGAUCCUCUUCAUAGUGUUUCUGCCACUGCUGCUUCGAUUUUGAAGAGAAUUUGAUUUGAGUGUGUGUGUGUGUGUGUGUGUGU